AUGAUCACAUUCAUGGUAACCAGGUUCUUGACCAAUUCAAUGAAAUACUUUAGUAGAUGUGUGCUUGUUCGUGGGGAGAUCCAAAGACAAAAGUUGUAUGACCAGUUUAUUUCGACUGAUUGUUCUGAUAUUGAGAUACUGAAUAACGCUGUAAAGUCGAUACACCAAGCAAUUUCUUUGAAGCGACUAUUCUUCCUGCUAUUAUCAGAAAUAUGCGGCAAUGCCUUUAACAAAGAUGAUUCCAAAGGUCAUAGUGGUCGAACUGUUAACUGUCCGUCUGGCACUGUUGUUGAUAAUGAUAUCGUGCAUCCGAUCAUAUUUGAUUUUUUCUGUACGGCAUUAUAUUAUGCUGCAUUGUUGGCUACUCGUGCUGUGUCUAUCAAUAUGGGAAAAAUCAGGAAGAUAUUGAUGAUAUCAGAUUCAUGA